AUGCUGCAGUUCCGGCGGAGCCGGGGGUCACCCGGCCUUAGAGCAAAGGGGCUGCAAGCACCGGCCCGGAGACUCCUGUCUAGCCGGUUCGACAGGCACAGGGCGGGCGCGGGCACACGGCAGGGAAGCACGGGUCGCGGGGUGCUUGAGGGGGAACUUGCCCUUUGGUGGUUGUGGUAUCGCUGCCCGGCCCAGCGGGUUUGUCAGGAAUGCGAGGGGGGGAAAAAAACCUCAGCUCAUCCAACACGGUUUCGUUUCUUUGAAAAACCGAAAAAGAAUGUUCCAGUGAGCGUAUUUGAGCUCCUGGAUCAGUCCCCUGGGUUUCAGCAGGCAGAUGAAGAGGGGGUAGCUCCAACAGUCCCACCCCUUGGUUUUGCUUGCCAUGAGUGGUGUGACACUGGGGUUUUUGAUGUUCACAGGAGAGACGCUUCCCCUCCUCCUUGUCCCGGAGACAAGGCUCGCCUGCUGCAGCAGAGGUUAUCCAGCCAGGAACGGACCCGGGCUUUCCUCCUCCAUCAGGCUUUCCAAACCCAUGGUGACAUCAUCGCUUACCUCCAGGGAAGCAAAGGUUAUCAGCAUGGGGAGACUGCUGCCUGGCAUCUGCUGGAAAACCACAUCCAGACCAUUACAAGCAUUGUUAAAAAGCUCAGCCAGGACAUUGAGGUUUUGGAGUGGCAAAUCAGAACAAGGGAUGGUGCUGCAGCAGAAACUAAUUUUGCAGUUCAAACUCUGGAUCAUAAAUACAGCCAGUGUCUUGGGGACCUGCGUGGCAGAGUGGCAAGAUGCGAGGCAAGCAUUGCAAAGCUGUCGGGAGACAUCAGUUUUAUCAGGCAUGAGGCCCAGAAGACUGAUAAAGAGAUCUAUGGCCUUCAUUCUACCCUCAGAAAUUGUGUUGCUGAUUUUGAAAGGAAGGUAAUGCAGCUAUUAGGGAAGAUGGAGACUUCCAACUCUGAUCAAAGCUCAAAUCUAAAGACAGUCCAGGGAGAUCAACAUCACAAAUUGCAACUUCUGGAUUUCAAGUUGGCGAGUGGUCUAAGUGACUUCAGGGAUCAGAUACAGGCUCAUCGGAAAUGGACAGAAUCACAGUUGACACGAUCUGAAGAAGAUCAAGCCCAGCAGAGGCAUCAGCUGCAUCACUUGGUGAAGGAAAGACUGGAAAGAGAAGAAAAAAGAGUAGAAGAAAAGCUCCUAUUUCUGUCACUGAAGUUAGAACAAAUGGAUAAACCACAGAAGUAUGAAAAGCAGUUGAACCAGAUGAUAAGUGAUGAAAAAACCCUGCAUGAAAGACUCACCAGAUUUGAAAGACAGAUCUGGAAGGAGAUUGAGGAAAUCCAAAAUGAAUACAGAUCAGGAUUUCAAUCUAUUCAUGAGUCUCUGAAGCUGCUCAGAAAAAUACACAAUGCAAAGCUGAAACUAGAAAAAAAAGAAAAUUCAUGAAGACAUGAUAAAGCUACAAUAGAAGUGACCUGGAAGACUGAACACCAUGAGCAAGUCUAUAAUAACAGCUCUGAUAUAUAUACAUAUAUAUGUAGCUCCUCAACAGUCAUUUUCAUGCCAAUUUUACAACAGAAUACUUUGCUGUGGAAGAGAGGUUAAAUUUUAAGCAUUAACUUAAAAUUUUACAAACAUCAUGCAAAAAAUACACUUCAUACAAAAAAUAUUCAUAUUAUUUAAAGGACUUUAAGAAAAUGAGUACUCAGCGUGGUUACCUCAGUCCUGCCUUAAGCUGCACCAGUUUUAGAUUGUUGUAAAUAUUUAAAUCAGGCCUACUCAAUUUGUCCAGCUCUACAAAGCAUUAUCAAAACUGGUAUCAGACUAUUUACUAAUGCAUGAUUUGGACCUACUAUAGUAAUUUACUGAAUCAUUAA